GUGUGUGUGCGUGUGUGUGUGUGUGUGUGUGUGUGUGUGUGGCGUCACUCGAGGGAUCACCUAGUGUUUCCUAGUGGAGAGUGGGAAAGUGCCGGCCUCGACAGACUCGUGCAUGCGCGGCCCCACUCUGCGGGCCGCCUGACCCUGCGGCUGCAGCCCCCGGACUGUGGCGGCUGUCAGGCAACAGCGGGGCCGCCUCGCUCACCUGCCCCUCGCGUCUCGACAGCCCUAGGAGUAGGGGAUCUUGAACAGCUGCCCUGAUGUUCCUGCCGAUGCGUCUGUCUUGAAGCAAAUCCUGUCUGCAAACCUUGGGUUUAUGCAAAAGCUGAAAUUAGGGAUUUUUUCUUAAGACCUGGAUUUCCCCAUUGAUUUACUAUAGGAUUCUUUGACAGAACAAAUACCCCAGUACAUUGAAAACUAGUCAGUUUAUGGAAAAUCAGCUUAAUUCAACAAGUGUUGAGUUAAAGUGUCUGCCAUGCUCCAAGCACAGUGUUGUGGGAAAUAUCAGAGAAGAGCAAGACAGGUCCUUACCCUCCAGGAGCCUUGUCUAGCCGGGAAGAUGAGACUUACCCCGUGACAUAGGCAAUGACUGUGGGAGAGCAGUGCUGGCCGGCGGCGAGGCUCUCUGCAGCGUCCCGCACGCUCUGACGGGAUGGGCCCAGGCAGGCCAGCCUCCGCCUGCGCUCAUCUAGCACCUUGCGUCCAGUUACAUGGGAGGAGUGACCCCAGGACACUUCAGGCCCAGAACCAGCUGCAGUUUAAUAGGAGCGUUCCUGCCCAUUCCAGCAACUUGGCAGCCCGCUAUUCUUGCCCGCAUGCAAUCAGAAUUGAGAAGCUGAGGCAGUCGUACAGCGAGUCGUACCACCAUCAGGAUCUGGGUUUGCGGGAUGGUCCCGACGGGAGCGGCUCUGCUUCAUUUUCCAUCAUCUCGGAAGAGAGGCUCAGCUACGCCGUGCACCUGGCCAGGAGGGACAUGAAGCGCAGACAGUUGGAGGAACACGUCAAGCAGCGCCGCCUCAGAAGUGAGCCCCAGCUCUGUCAGAGGUGGGGGCCCCAUGAGCAUAAGAUCCCCGAGCACAGGGCACAAAGGAAGGAACCGAGGAGCCGGGACACGUGUCACUGCGCCCGCCAGCCGUCCACGGCGGGAACGUCCUGCUCAGGUGCCAAGGUGUGCCUGUACACAGCUUGUCCAGCACCAUCCCCUCCGGCCGCGCCCCACUCGCCACCCACGCGUGCCCCGGGGCCGGAGCCCCCUCCCAGGACCAGCGGCCACCAGAGCCUGCUGGAAGUGCAGCGGCUCCACAGGGCAUUGAACACUUGUGUCCACAAAAUGGAAGCAGUCUCUGAGAAAGGUAGAGCAGAAGAAACUUUGGAUCCAGAUGAGGAGCGGCGAGUCCAAGUCCGGAGGCAGGAGCAAUCCGUGCGCUCCGCCCGGAUGCUCUAUGUCCUGCAGCAGCAGGUGAAAGAGAUCCAGGAAGAGUUGGAUAAAUUGAGUCCACAUAAAAUCAGACACACGAAGAAGUCAUGGGUGAUGUCACGGCUGGCGGCUGCCCACCGAGGAGCCAUCCGGGCCUUACAGGUGUUGGUGACACAGCUUAUGGACCGUGGGGAGCACCCAGUUCCUGCGCGCUGUAGGGAGCUGGGCAGCCUUAUCCGCCGGCUGUCACUCUGCUCCGCCAAGCUGGACGCUGACCCUUCCGUCCCCGAUGUGGUCGUGGACAUCCUGCGACAGAUCGAGGCUUUGGAAUCCCUCCUGGAGAAGAAACCGUCACCAAAACAAGUGAAGAAAAGUGUCACGGAAACUCGGAGCAGGUUUCCUGUUGGUGGCCACAGGGCCUUGGAGAGAUGGCAGAGUCCUUCGCCCAAGAGUGAGAAGAGAGCCCUUGUAGCAAAGGAGACGUUUCCAGAGGAAGCGAGAUGGCCUUCGGGGGCAAAACCGCUCCCUGCUGAUAAGUGUCCCCCUGGGGCAGUGCCUGCAGCGACCUGGAGGUUGGAGAAUGGGCUGGAUGCGCCGGGUGCGGAGAUCUUUCCAGAAGAAGCCCUGUCUGUUCCAGACCACAGCACUGGCCUCCCGGCAGAUCCACUGGCCCUGGCGAGAGCUGGAGUGGCAGCAGGGAGGCCCACGGCCAGGAGCACGGUGCUCGGGAAGAAGGAGGCCCAGGUGCCGGGGAGGCUGCCUCAGGGACUCCACAAAGCUGAAAGAAGUAGACCAACCCAGUCCCAGAGCAGAAGCCGAUUGCAGCGCACGACAGUGUCCUCCAGACUGAAAAUGAACCAGCAACCUGCGAGAGACAACAGGGCCCCUUGGGUGCCUCCGAACCCCACGUCCCCACCAGCAUCUCCUAAGUGUGCUGCCUGGCUGAAGGUGAAGCCGAGCCCCAAAGAUGCCACAAAAGAACAGUCGCUCCAGCAGGACGAAGCUCAGGAGGAGAGUCCGUUGAGGGGAGCUGUUGUGCAGGAAGCAGUUAGACUCGCUUGGCUUGAUGCUGAAGCUUGUAAAACCUUGAAGGAGCUGCAAGAACUGAAAGCUGAGGGCUCGGACAAGACGCAGAGGCAGAGUGUCUCAGACACCCAGUUAGCAGACAAGGUAGAGAAGGCGGUCCUGGAGCGUUUGAAGCCUCUCCUGGUCAAGGCCCAGCAGAGAGUCAACUCUUCUCUGGAAGCAGAUCCUCAGCUGAGGGACCGCCCAUCAGCAGACACGGCGACCGCCCAGCCCACGGAGGAGGUGCGUGCGCGGUGGCCCUGCGGACACCACUGUCCUGUCGCUGCGGCUGUGGACCGUGAGCCCCGCAGCCUCCGCCAGCCGGGGGACUGUUUGGAAGACGCCGCUCACGGGCCCUGGGCCACGACCCGCCGUAGGGUCUCGGAGUUGGAAGCCUCCGCUCCCGUGGAGGAUGGCAGGGACAGCCCGUAUCUGGAGACUCUGAUGCUGCGGAUGGAGGAGAUGGAGAAAUACCAGGAGACAGUUCGCCAAAGAUACAAUAAAAUUGAAUAUGCUGAUCCUCAUCUUUGGAUGCAGGAAGGGAAGAUGGAGCACACACUCCCAGCAGUAAGUGAAAGGCCUCUUUCUCCUCAUCCAAUCAGGAUCACAAAGACCCCAGCUUGCAAAGACCCAGACGUGAACAUCGUGUUGGAAAGACCCCGGAAUGGCAAUUCCCUGGAUGAAAGUGUGGGGACUGACGAGGGGUCUGAGAAGAGAGGGGCUCCCAUUGUGCCCCUUCCAGAGGAGAGUCCACAGAAGGAAGGCCGGGCUGCCCUGUGGGUGCCCCCGGGCCUACGGCAGAGCAUCGGUGACUACUGUAGCCGCUUCGAGCAGUACCUCCGCCUGGUGGCGCACGAGGCUGUGGGUGCCUUCAACCCAUGGCUGAUGGCCGAGAGCUUCUCCGACGAGCUGGUAGAUGAGGCUCUGGGGGCCGUGGCUGCGGAGCUGGAGGACGCGUGUGAGGACUAUGCAGAAGCCAUGUUCACCUCGGAGUUCCUGGAGGCUGCGGCCUGAAGGUGCUCCCUCCACGGGGGGCCUCCUCCCCGGGGCCCCGGGCGGUUCGGAGCCCAGCUGUCCCUCUGUGCCACCGGGAUGCUGCCCCCCGGGAGGGGGCCCCGUGCAUCUUCUUGUCGUGGCGAUGGUUCUGGGGCUGACGGCGGAGAGCGGGGUGUUUCCCAGGGCCCGGGAAUCGUGAAUUAUGACAAUAUAAUAGUUUCUCAGUGUGUAAUUUUCCUAUUAAAGUCCUAUGCUCGUUCGGUUGCUGAGUUGGUGAUGCGAGCAUUUGGAGAGGCGCCAGCCGGUGUCUCUCUCUCGAGGGCCCUGAGCUCCCGUCACCCUGAGCUCGCUGCUGCCGGGACAGGAGCCCACCCGCCCUCCACCCCUGCCGGUCCUCUGUGCGCGUUGCGGUCCGCAGCCUGUUCUCGCCGCAGCGGACGUAUCCUGAUGUGCAGACGGUGUCGGGACGUGGGGGCCAUUGGAGGCCGUCGGGAGGGUCCUGAGCUGGCGUCCCUGUGUGCGGGGCCGGCACUCCCACGCCUGCGGACCCAGGGGAGCCUGGGCAGGGGGAGAGGACCGGCCUGGAUGCGGGAAGCCCUCCGGGGCCCCCGAGACAGGAAGACACGUAAGAGCCACAGUUGCACGGUCCUCUCGUCCUUGCCAAGCUGUGUUUCCCAAGAAGAGCCUCUGAUUUUUCAGAGAAAGGAAAGGAAUGUGCAUAAACAGAAGGCCACUUCCUGGGAGAAGCUUCCCUCGAUCGGCUGGCCUGGGCUUGGCGGAAGGGCCGCGAAGGGAGUGACGUGAAGCCCCCGUGGAUAAUGUGAAUCCUUGUGACGCGUGCGGUGUUGCGUCUGGACUUUGCGGUGCGUGUGUUUGAGGUGACUGCGCGAGCUGCUCGUCACACCAACGCGUGCACAGCUGGGUCGUCUUGAUGUUCUGCCUAAUUUCACGUGGCCUUGGGAUCAAGAAGGCUCUGGGGUUAAAGGUCUUGUGCGGGAGACGUGCGUGCACCUGAGGCAGCAGCAUCGGUAGCUUGAGUUUGUGUGGCGGUUUGUACUGUGCUGAUUCCUUAAAUAAACUCAGGAUUUUACAGUA